CUCCAUCUUUCUGGUCUGUACACGAACAACAACUACUUUCCCAUCAUUCUGUCCACAGUCGUCUCCAUGCUGCACUUUGGACACCAGUGGACUGUCAGUGUGUCCAACAUGGAGCUGAUGUUUGGCUCCAUGACUUCACUCUGAUUGGCUCAUUCAUCUGGAAUUCUGUUGCAGCUGCUGGAGGACAACAUUGUCACUUUUGUCAAGAAGGAGCUGAAGAAGAUCCAGAAGCUUCUGAGUCACAGGGAGGAAGAGGAGGAGCUGGAGGAUGACGAUGAAGAGCAGAGGAACAGCAGAGAGUCACUGAUGAAGAUCACAGUGAACUUCCUGAGGAGAAUGAAGCAGGAGGAGCUGGCUGAUGGACUGCAGAGCAGAUCUGCUGCAGUUUGUCAACAUGAAGUCCAAUCUGGUCUCAAGAAGAAGUUCCAGUGUUUGUUUGAGGGGAUGGCUAAAGCAGGAAGCCCAACCCUUCUGAAUGAGAUCUACACAGAGCUCUUCAUCACAGAGGGAGGAAGAGGAGAGCUGAAUGAAGAACAUGAGGUCAGACAGAUUGAAGCAGCAUCCAGGAAAGCAGACAGAGCAGAAACAAGCAUCAGACAAGAAGAGCUCUUCCAACUCCCAGCUGGAAGACCAGAACCAAACAGAACCGUGAUGACUAAGGGAGUGGCUGGCAUCGGGAAAACAGUCUUAACACAGAAGUUCACUCUGGACUGGGCUGAAGGCAAAGCCCACCAGAACCUCCACUUCACAUUUCCAUUCACUUUCAGAGAGCUGAAUGUGCUGAAAGAGGAGAAGUUCAGCUUGGUGGAACUUGUUCAUCACUUCUUCCCUGAAACCAAACAAGCAGGAAUCUGCAGCUUUGAAGACUUCCAGGUCCUCUUCAUCUUUGAUGGUCUGGAUGAGUGUCGACUUCCUCUGGACUUCCACAAGACUCGGAUCCUGAAGGACCCUAGAAAGUCCACCUCGGUGGCUGAUCUGCUGACAAACCUCAUCAGGGGGAACCUGCUUCCCUCUGCUCGCCUCUGGAUAACCACACGACCUGCAGCAGCCAAUCAGAUCCCUGCUGAGUGUGUUGACAUGGUGACAGAGGUCAGAGGGUUCAAUGAUCCACAGAAGGAGGAGUACUUCAGGAAGAGGUUCAGAGAUGAAGAGCAGGCCAGCAGGAUCAUCUCCCACAUCCAGAGAUCCAGAAGCCUCCACAUCAUGUGCCACAUCCCAGUCUUCUGCUGGAUCACUGCUACAGUUCUGGAGGAUCUGAUGAAGAGCAGAGAGGGAGGAGAGCUGCCCAAGAGCCUGACUGAGAUGUACAUCCAUUUCCUGGUAGUUCAGGCCAAAAUCCAGAAGGUCAAGUAUGAUGGAGGAGCUGAGACAGAUCCACACUGGAGUCUAGAGAGCAGGAAGAUGAUGGAGUCUCUGGGAAAACUGGCUUUUGAGCAGCUGCAGAAAGGAAACCUGAUCUUCUAUGAAUCCGACCUGACAGAGUGUGGCAUCGAUAUCAGAGCAGCCUCAGUGUACUCAGGAGUGUUCACACAGGUCUUUAGAGAGGAGAGAGGCCUGUACCAGGACAAGGUCUUCUGCUUCAUCCAUCUGAGUGUUCAGGAGUUUCUGGCUGCUCUUCAUGUCCACCUGACCUUCAUCACCUCUGGACUCAACCUCAUGGAGGAAAAACAAUCACAGAUCUCUCAGCCUGAACAGAGAAGUCCAGUCCAGUUGUACCAGAGUGCUGUGAAGAAGGCCUUACAGAGUCCAAACGGACACCUGGACUUGUUCCUCCGCUUCCUCCUGGGUCUUUCACUGCAGACCAAUCAGAGUCUCCUACGAGGUCUGCUGACUCAGACAGGAAGUAGCUCACAGACCAAUAAGAAAACAGUCCAGUUCAUCAAGGAGAAGAUCAGUGAGAAUCUGUCUGCAGAGAAAAGCAUCAACCUGUUCCACUGUCUCAAUGAACUGAAUGAUGGUUCUCUAGUGGAGGAGAUCCAACAGUUCCUGAGGUCAGGACGUCUCUCCACAGAGAAACUGUCUCCUGCUCAGUGGUCUGCUCUGGUCUUUUUCUUACUGUCAUCAGAAGAAGAUCUGGAAGUUUUUGACCUGCAGAAAUACUCUGCUUCAGAGGAGGCUCUUCUGAGGCUGCUGCCAGUGAUCAAAGCCUCCAACAAAGCUCUACUGAGAUGCAGUUUCCUGUCAGUGAGAAGCUGUGCAGCUCUGUCCUCAGUUCUCAGCUCUCAGUCCUCCAGACUCAGAGUUCUGGACCUGAGUCACAACAACCUGCAGGAUUCAGGAGUGAAGCUGCUGUCUGCUGGACUGGAGAGUCCAGACUGUAAACUGGAGACUCUCAGGUUGGAGAGAUGCAGUUUGUCAGAGAUCAGCUGUGAAGUUCUGGUCUCAGCUCUGAAGAAAAACCCGUCCAACCUGACAGAACUGGACCUGAGCUGGAUCAGGAACCUACAGGAUUCAGGGGUUCUUCAUCUGUGUGGUUUUCUGGAGAGUCCAGACUGCAGACUGCAGACUCUGAGGUUGAAGUUCUGCAGUUUGUCAAAGACCAGCUGUGCUGCUCUGGUUUCAGUUCUGAAGUCCAACCCGCCCCACCUGACAGAACUAGACCUGAGAGACAAUGACCUUCAGUCUUCAGAUGUCCAGCAGCUCCAGGAUCUGGUGGAGAGUCCAAACUCCAAACUGCAGACUCUGAGGUGGAGGGGGUGGUUCAGUUGUUCCUCCUGGAGGAGCAGAGAGGAGCAGCGGCAGCAGCUGGUCUGCAGAGAUGUUGUGAUUGGACGGUGUUCCUGGGAGGUGGAGAGCAGAGUGAUGGAGGAAUCAGAGGAAGUGGAGAUGAGUGUCAGAGCCGCAGCAGGAACUGAUCUGAGAUCAGCUCCACUGUCUCUCUCAGCAUCAAGUGGACAGUUAUUGUGCUGCAGCUCCCCCGGUGGACUGAUGGAGAACUGCACUUCCUCUUCUCAUUCUAACUUGGAGUGUUGAUCUGAAACAUGGGUUGGAUUCAGAUGCUCAGCAGCUCCAGGACCUGGAGAAAAACAGACCUGCAGACAAACAUAUUCUUUUCUAGAUCAUCACUUUCUUCUUUGAUCUACAUUUGAUUGACAGAUGUGAGUUUGGGAUGGACCAAUCAAGGAUUGAGGGAAUCAUUGAUCAGACAGAACAUUUCUGGAUGACAUAGAUCUAUGUGUGGGUCAGGGGAAAACACAGUCAGGCGUUGGAUCCUGGUUCUGUCUCUGGAACAGGGACAGAACCAGAACUCUGGAUCACAAGGUUCUGGUUCCAGAUGUUUCACACUUGAUUUCUGUUCUCCAGAAACUCUCAUUGACAAACAAACACAGAGUUUCAUUCAGAAACCUCCAACAUGGUCAUGUGACCAGAACGUUCAUAGUGGAGACACGGACAAACGCUGUGGUCACAUGACUCACUGGUUUGGAUUCAAGUCCUUUGAAGUCAGUUUUUGGAGCACAAAUCCCGUCUGAUCUCAGUUUGUGAACAAAAGUCUCUCAGUUGAAUCAUUUUUCUAUCAUCUCUAUUCUGUUGAUGAUCAAAUAUUGACUCAUGCAGUUUGAAAGACUCAGAGUUUUGCUUUGAUUGAUGUUUUCCACAGUUUUCUGACUGAACUUCCGUUUUCUUUGGUGUUUUGUGGCUAAAACUCUGUUCUUUUUCAUGCUGACAGCAUUUUUAGCUGCAGUUUUAAAGAAGUUUCAUCUAAAUCCAGUAGAAUCUCCUCAUUUUCUAGAAUGUGUGAAACUAGUAGAAACUUUCUGAGCAUGGAUCUUAGUGAGGAAUGACAGCCUCUGGAUGCAGAGAAUCACUUUGAUGCAGCUGCUGCAACAACACCAACUGCAUUGAAGCAGGAGGGAGAAGGGAGACACCUGCUGGCUGUUCGCAGAACUGCAUCUGAGUGUCAAAAGGCUUCGAACUGAAAGCUGUCUGUAAAAUUCCUGCAGCCUGUUUGGAUCUAAUAAAUGCUCUUUUGAAUCAA